GUUGCGGUGGAUAGAUGCGGAGGGAGAAGCCCAGUGGGUGGCUACAAGCGCCGUCGAGCCGUGGCUCUUCGGCCACCACAGACAGCCCAUCGCUUCGCUUCCUUCUCGUAUUACACGUUACGCUCCGCAUUAGCUUUCUCUCGUCCUUUCCUCUGCUUUCGAUACCUCCUGCUUCGAACGUGACCACGUCAAGUGGAAGAAGAAGAAAUGGAGUUGGGUUGGACGACGCUGUCUCGCGCCAACUCCACCAUCGCCCCGUCUCUCUUAACUACCCCACACCGGCUCUUCCCCCUCGAACGCAAUUCCAAGAAAUACAGGGUCUUCUGUCUUAGCGGCGGCCAGUCGGAAUCCAAGGCAAACGAGAUGGUAGUGUCAGUUACUGGGGCCACCGGUUUUAUUGGUCGAAGAUUGGUGCAAAAAUUACUUUCAGAUAAUCACAAAGUUCAUGUCUUGACACGAUCGAGAGCAAAGGCACAGUUAGUUUUUUCGGCAGAUAACUUUCCUAAGCUUGUAAUUGCCGAGGAAAGAGAAUGGGAACAGUCGAUAAAUGGUUCAAAUGCCGUUGUUAACUUGGCUGGAAUGCCCAUAAGUACGAGAUGGUCACCUGAGAUCAAGAAAGAGAUCAAGCGAAGCCGUAUAAAUGCAACCUCAAAGGUUGUAGAUAUAAUAAACAAUGCAAAGUUGGAUCUUCGGCCUUCGGUUUUGGUCAGUGCAACAGCAAUUGGUUAUUAUGGUACAAGUGAAACUCUAGUUUUUGAUGAGAAUAGUCGUUCUGGCAAUGACUACCUGUCAGAGGUUUGUAGAGAAUGGGAAGCAAAAGCACUUGAAGUAGAUAAUGAUGUUAGAUUGGCUCUCAUCCGUAUUGGUGUUGUUCUUGGAAAAGAUGGUGGUGCCCUAGCUAAAAUGAUCCCUCUCUUCAUGAUGUUUGCUGGGGGACCUUUGGGUACUGGAAGACAAUGGUUUUCUUGGAUUCAUCUGGAUGAUGUGGUGAACCUCAUAUAUGAAGCUGUAAGAAAUCCUUCCUACAAAGGCGUAAUUAAUGGAACUGCACCAAAUCCGGUCCGGUUGUCAGAAAUGUGUGAACAACUGGGGCAAGUUGUUGGCCGCCCUUCUUGGCUGCCUGUACCAGAGUUUGCACUCAAAGCAGUCCUGGGUGACGGUGCCUCGGUCGUUUUGGAAGGACAAAAAGUGCUUCCACUCAAGGCAAAGGAAUUAGGCUUCUCAUAUAAAUAUCCCUAUGUCAAAGAUGCUCUUGAGGCCAUCAUGAGAGAGCCUUGAUCAGGUGACCCAUGGACAGUUGGACCAUUUUGUUGUGACCUAUUCUUUGAAGCUUUGAGUUACACAAUCAACAUUUAUCAUCAACCGCAAGCAUAAUUUUGUUGUUUGCUGAUACUUAAUGCUGUAGCUGUUGCUCAACAAAUCUCACGUCCUUGGUAUAUGUAUCAUAUCACUCACAAUCUUUGAACUCAGGUGUGUUAUUAUCCAUCUGAUUCUUUCCCCAACUCCUUUUUUUUAUUUCUGCGAAUGUGUGACAAAAUGUGACUUAAAUAGCAGCAGUACAUACAACAGUCAAUAGUUCCAAUUUGGGCCUACAAUUCCUGGCUUUCUUUCA